AUGAAAGAUUUAGAGAACUCUUCCAACAAACCAAAAUCUUCCUUUGGAGCAAUAACUGGCUUUUUAUUUACUGUUAGUGUAGUAGUGGGAGCAGGAAUUCUCAGUCUUCCCUAUUCCUUCCGCAUGAGUGGGUGACUUCUCUCAGGUCUCUAUACAAUAUUUUGCUGCUUACUCUGCUACUACUGAGGCAGGCAGCUGGUAGAAGUCAUGAGCCGCUGUGAAGCCCUGAUUCAGCUGCGUGACAACAACCAUAAUCUCUCAAGACCUUCAUUCCAAUCAGUUAUUUUUGGAUCAAAGUCUAAAAAUGAGCUGGAGUCUCGGUUAAUUUCACAUGAAGAGUACCCUCCUGUUAUAACAGACCGCAGAGUCGACCUAUGUGAGAUGAUCAAUAUUUUAUUUGGAAAUUUUUGGAAAAGCGCUUAUAUGUUUAUUUUUUGGGUUUUAGGAAUUUUAAGCUUGGUAAGCUAUGCAGUAAUCUUUGCAAGCUCGCUGACGUCAAAUCUUGAUAUUGGAUUGAUGGAUCCAUGCAAUAUUUAUGAGUCAGUUGGGUUUUUUAAUGAUUGCAGAAGCUCCUAUUGGAUUUAUUUAGUAGUUUUUUCAGUAAUUGUGACUUAUCUUACAAUUAUAGGUAUGAGAGAGUCAAAAUACAUACAAAACGCUAUGAUUUGUGGAACGCUAUUUAAUUUAUUAUUAUCCACAAUUUUAGCUAUAAUUAGUCUUAUUGUAGGAAAAGACAUAAGCAGCGAUGAACCUUCUAGGCCUGAAGAUUUUAAAGUUGCUGACUAUAUGAAUGUAGGUGUUAGCUUCCCUAUAAUUUUAUUUGCUGCGAUUUAUCACGCAUUCUUGCCAAGUAUUUUAGAAAAUGUUGAAAAAAAGCCAAAAAGUAUCCAAAAUAUUUUAACAAGGGUCCUGGUGGCCUCACUUAUCAUCUAUAUGAUGGUAGGCCUUAUUAUGCCUGCUGCAAUUCCUGACGUAAAAGGCUUUUUUAACAUAGAUUUCAGAGAAUAUUCAGCUGGGUACUCCCAAAGCGAGAGACCAUGGUGGACUUAUCCUAUAGCAUACUUUAUUGUCUUAUACCCUUCUAUAGGAAUUUUAUCGAAUUUCCCAUUAUUAGCUAUUGCAGUUUCUCACAACUUAACCACCUAUUUUUAUGGAGUUGUCGAGCAUAAAUCAGCCAGGCUAGGGGAUUAUGCAAUAAAGCUCUCCACAGUGUUUUUACCAAUUGCUAUUGCAUUUUAUGAAUACGACUUACUCCCUCCAAUCCGUGUGCAAACAAAAAAUUUUUAAUAUAAAAAAAAAAUUUGGUGCAUAAAUGAUAAUUAUUAUAGUGAAAUAUCACUAAUUCUAUUUAAUUUUAAAUAGCUUACAUUUUAAAACAUAAAUUUUACAAAUUAAAUUAAUAGUUGCUUUUAAAAUUAUUUCGGAUUGGGAUUUUUUCUAAAUUCUGAACUAAAAAUUUUUUAUAUAAAUUUUAAAAAAAUCAACCCCCUCUGUAAACGGAAAGAGGGAGUUAGUAAUUUUUACAUAGGGAAAUGUCACAUCUUUUGCAGGGCUUUUCGGAAUUUUAAUGAUCCCAGUCGCUAUCCCACUUAUGCAUUUGGCAGCUCGUGAAAUGCUCCCAGGAAAGUCCAUUUACGAUUUCAAGUUUGCGACGCGGCCACUUUCAUUAUUUAUCAUAGCUUUCCAUAUAGUGAUUUUGGUAUUUCAGAUAUAUAAAUAUAUCUUCCCAUAA